AUGCAACAAGGAAGUAGUUCAAGCGGAUCGGGAAUGUCUUUGGAAGAUAUUAUCAAGAGUUUAGCCAUAAGUACUCAAACAUUUCAAAAUGAGACCAAGGCGAGUAUCAAGACUUUGGAGCAACAAAUGACUCAACUCGCCACUUCUGUGAGUAAAUUGGAGUCACAAGGCAAACUACCCGCACAAACCGAAAAGAAUCCAAAGCAUAAUGCAUGUGCAAUCACUUUAAGAAAUGGCAAAGAAUAUGAAGGUCCAAAAAUGAUUGAAGAAGAAGAAGAGAUGGAGUUAGAGAAAGAAGAAGAGAAGUCAAAAGCACCUUCAAAGAAAGUUACCAUUGAAGUAAAAGUCACUCCUCCUCCAUUUCCCACAAGGUUAAGCAAGUCAAAGCGUGAAAGGGUAGACAAUGAGAUUAUGAAGAUGUUCAGAAAGGUUGAGGUAAAUAUUCCUCUUAUUGAUGCCAUCAAGCAAGUCCCUAGAUUAAAAGGGAAUGAAACAGUCAAAAUAGGUGAAAAUGUAUUUGCAGUGUUACAGAAAAGACUACCUAAAAAAUGUAAGGAUUCGGGUGUUUUCAUAGUUCCUUGCAAGUUAGGUAAUCUUCAUCUUCCACGAGCUCUGCUAGACCUUGGAGCUUCUAUCAAUGUUUUUCCAUAUUCUAUUUUCAAAACUUUAAAUAUUGGCAUAUUGAAGAAGACCGGGGUGAUCAUUCAAUUGGUUGAUCGGUCUUUGGUACAUCCAAAAGGUGUGCUAGAAGAUGUGUUAGUCCAAGUGAAUGAUUUAGUAUUUCCAGCAUAUUUUUAUGUCCUUGACAUGGAUGAUGAUGACUCACCAAAUUUGAGUUCAAGUCUUCUAAGAAGACCCUUUUUGAAAACAGUCUGGAGAAAAAUUGAUGUUUAUGAUGGUACAUUGUCCAUGGAGUUUGAUGGAGAGGUGAUAAAUUUCAACAUCUAUGAUGCUAUGAGAUAUCCAAAGAGUGCAAGCAAGUUUUUGAUCAGUUGA